AAAUGUCCCUCGUGCAGCUAUUCGUUCAAGUAACUGGUCCAACGCUCUUUCUCUCAACAAGCUAAAAUGGCUGAGGUAAGCGUAUCACUGGUCACGCUGACGCUGCGCCGCCCGGCAUGUCAUCCGUCGGUGCUCCCUCUAGAAGUUAUCUACCGUUAUCUACUACAACUUCUAGACUACAACUUCUGUUCGUGCCUCUCAUUACUACCUGCAACUCGUGCAAUACCUCGAAUGAAUGGAUUCGUAUUCACACAUCAAAGUUCGCCCUGGCGUGUGGUGAUCUAGCAUCAGCUACCUUUCUGUCUUGCCACGAACUUCAACAUGCUUCUCUCAACACCUACCAUUAUUGGUUUGUGCUGGCUGGCGGGAGCUAGACUAACAUCCGCAGUGCCACAAGUCUUAUCUCUCGAAGAUCAUCCCAGAGACCAGAAUGUACUGCUGUCUUCCGACAAAGCGCGCUCGACUGAUUACUUCAGGCACUCGCUCUGGAGCGAUCGUCGACAGUUCCAACAGCCGCCUGGUUUUGUUGCGUUCGGUGACUCGUAUAGUGCCGGUAUCGGCACCGGCGUUGAUGGCGUCGAGGACGAAUGCAGGCUGGGAUCCCACGCUUACCCAGUUUUGAUCUUCACCGAUCUGGCUGAAAGCCAGUUCCCUGGAACAGCAACCUUUCAGUUCUUGUCAUGUACCGGGUCGACCACCAGCAAUGUUCUAUCAGGUGGCGAUCACAGCCAGGUUGACAAGUUCAACAAGUCGAUCAAUGCUGACUUUGCGGUACUUUCAAUCGGAGGAAACGACCUUGGCUUUUUCUCCGUGAUGAAUGCUUGCAUAUUCCGCUUCUACAGCUUCAACUCUGGCAGUUGCGAGACAGCACUGCAGUACGUAACCGAUCAGAUCGAGAGUUCGGAUUUCGCACAGCGGCUGGAAAUGGUCAUCAUGGAGAUACUGGACACAGUGCAGUGGGAGAAGCGGCCGUGGUUCAUCAUUACCGUGACCGGCUAUGCUCGGUUCUUCAGCGUGGAAACUGACGAGUGCGACAAUUGUACCCUCGGUGUCUGGUGGCAGGGACCAAAACUCAAGAGGGAUGUACGCCAGAGGAUGAACGACAUGGUCGUGGCAGUCAAUGAGAAACUGAGGAGUUCUAUCGAUGCCGUCAACUCGAGGUUUACGACUCCAAAGGUUCUGUUCGUCGAUUAUGACGCCAAGUUCGAAGGGCAUCGUUUCUGCGAACCAGGCGUUAUGGAACCAGCGUACAAUAGGACAGAGACUUGGUUCUUUCUCGUCGGAGGCAAAGACAACAACCCAGAUGUAAUGGAUCCGACGCCGGCCCCGAAUGCUACAACAGUGGGCAUCGAGUAUGGUGCGAGUAGCAAGACGUUGUCUCCAUUGUCACCGCUCACGGAUCCGGAGACGUGCCUGGGCCCGGCCGAAAGAUCAGGAGAUUGGGGCCUGCUGGCUCUGUGUUACAUGGCGAGAGCUAAACGCGAUUACCCAUCGCUGAAAUUUACCGCGGGGGAUGUCAUGGUUCAGAAUUCAAUGUGGUAUGUCCCAACAUAUUAUGGGAAAACCUUCCAUCCAAGGAGCCUCGGUCACGAGGUGAUUAGAGAUGAAAUCUACAGGACCUGGUCGCAAAUAGAUACAGUGAGGUAGAAAUCAAAGGUAUCAGCAUGCGGACUGCCGCCCAACAGGACACGCGCGAAAAGAGCACAUGAGUGGAGGGCAAACCCUCUUCUUGUCCAUCAGAUGUCAGGUACCACCGCUCACUACGCUUCGUACAAGCUACCAAGAGACCGCUCUGCGGGGGAAUAUACGGUUAACUUAAUGUCGAUCAUUUCGACUUCAUCCCUACCCUUGGAUAUCAUACCCGUUUUUCAUAGGGACAAGAACAUCGCAGUAUACGCAGAUGCAGGGCCACGUCUGUUUCUCGCCGGAGCCGAGUCGGGGAGAUUGUCUACUCUGGAUCGCGGGUUACACCGAAGUUCCACACAACUGCUUCAGAGAGAGACCAGGGCCCAUGCUGCAGGGGAAGGUGGGACAUUGGCCCCUUUUGGGUGAGUGAUGCACCCGUUUGGCGGGGUUGUUCUCUUGGCCCGGAGAAACUUUCGGUAAGAUGGAUAAAAUGCCUUGACAGAUGCUGUCUUCUUUUCAUACUCCAAUCUACUGAGCUGUAAGCGUGGCAAGAGGGUUGCUGUUUGGGGGUUUGAAGCGAGUGAAAUCGAAGUUGAUGUACACUCUUUGGGAGACUUUGGAAUUGUGGACGGGUAGACGGAGGAGCCUCCGAAAAGUGUCUUACGACCCAUCCAUUAUAAAAUCAGACAA